CUGCUGUAGCAGCUGUGUCCUGACUGUGAACGACGAGGAGCAUGAUCUACAAAUCCCAGCAGAGGCAGGAAAACAGGCAGAUAUCAGACACAUCUUCAGCCAGGUGUUUAUUGAAUAGGUUUUAUCAAAAGUUGUGCACUUUGUCAAAAGUUUGAAGCUUGUGACACAACAAGCUGACCUCGUGAGGUCAAUCCAGACAGAAGGAGAGCUCCUGCUGUCCAAUCACAAAGCUCCUCCGGUCUUUGAACGUCCGGGUCUUUGGCCAAUCAGAAGGCGCAGCGCGGAGUCAGAGGGGACAGAGAGCACAGAUAAAAUGUUUGACUUCCAUCCAUCCUCUCAAACCAUCCUCCCAAUCCUCGCAGGACUGUUAGCAACCUGCAUUAUAGUUCCAACUCUCACCUCAGCUCACAUCGAGCAGCGGAUACGAGCCAGCUCCAUCUCUGAGGGAUUCACUUUCCUUCUCAACCUGUUACUCGAGGAACCGGAGGCUGCUUCGCGUCUGUAGAGAAGGCGAAAUAUUGCAACCUACAAAAGGUUUGUUUUUUUUUUCCUUCUUGGAUUAAAAGCGACGAGCAGCGGCGGCAGCUUCAUUUCCAGUGUCACCUGACAGAAAGUCAGGAAUCAUGACAGCGCUCGCUGGAGGUUUACCGAGAAUGAUGAGACCCACUCCUCACCAGAACUACCCGCGGGGUGGAUACUCUCUGGAAGUCUCCACUCCGUUAGGACAGGGUCGGGUUAACCAGCUCGGUGGUGUCUUCAUAAACGGCAGACCUCUCCCCAACCACAUCCGCCAUAAAAUCGUGGAGAUGGCCCAUCACGGUAUCCGGCCGUGUGUCAUCUCCCGGCAGCUGCGGGUGUCCCACGGCUGCGUCUCCAAAAUCCUCUGCCGGUACCAGGAGACAGGCUCCAUCAGGCCGGGGGCCAUCGGAGGCAGCAAGCCAAAGCAAACCGCUACACCAGAGGUGGACAAGAAAAUCGAGGAGUACAAGUCAGAAAACCCGAGCAUGUUCAGCUGGGAAAUCAGGGACAAGUUACUGAAAGAUGGGAUCUGCGACAGGAACAACGUCCCCUCAGUGAGCGCCAUCAGUCGCAUCAUGCGCUCGAAGUUCGGCGGACCUGGUGAGGAUGAAGAAGAUGAUGAUGAAGUGGUGAAGAGGGAGAUGGAGGAAAACGAACCGCGGACAAAACACAGCAUCGAUGGCAUUCUGGGAGACAGAUCCAGCCACUCAGACGAGGGCUCCGACGUGGACUCGGAGCCAGGCCUGCCGCUGAAGAGGAAGCAGCGCCGUAGUCGGACCACCUUCACAGCGGAGCAGCUGGAGGAGCUGGAGAGGGCCUUCGAACGCACACACUACCCUGACAUCUACACGCGAGAGGAACUGGCUCAGCGGGCCAAACUGACAGAGGCUCGAGUUCAGGUGUGGUUCAGCAACAGAAGAGCCCGGUGGAGGAAGCAAGCCGGAGCCAAUCAGCUGAUGGCUUUUAACCACCUCAUCCCCGGUGGUUUCCCUCCAUCAGCUAUGUCGGGCCUGCAGCCUUACCAGCUGUCCGACAGUCCCUACCCUCCCACUUCCAUAGCCCAAGCGUCCGAGCAGCCCAGUACAGUCCACCGACCGCAGCCGCUGCCCCCAACCUCCGUGCACCAGAGUGGGCUCGGCUCGUCAGCAGGCUCCCAGGAUGGAAGCUCCGCGUAUUGCCUGUCCUCUGGACGUCAUGGUUUCUCAGGAUACUCGGACAGCUUUGUGGCCCAGACAGCACACACCAACGCUGUCAACCCCGCCAUCAGCAACAGCCUCUCACCACAGGUGAUGGGCCUAUUGAACCCAGGUGGAGUGCCACAUCAGUCCCAGAGUGACUUUGCCCUCUCUCCGCUGACUGGAGGCUUGGAGCCUAACGGAGGCAUGGCUGCCAGCUGUCACGGUUCCCAACGCCUGGAGGCUCUACCAGGCCUGCCCACUAUGCCCACCCUGCCUAGCACCCAAUCUUACUGCCCACCUUCCUACACCUCCCCAGCCUACGCCGUGGACCACCAUCCGUCUUACCAGUAUGGACAGUACAGUCAGAGCAAGGUGCCUUUCAUUAUAUGAAGCCCCCAACAUGGCCUGAGCAGGAGGCUUCCCCCGGCCAGUCUGACAGUCAUCGCCAGAGAACACCCCCCCACCCCACCCCCCCACCCUCUGCCUCUGACAAACCUUCCAGGCCCCGAGGACUGAGAGAGAGAGAGAGAGAGAGAGAGAGAGGCUGGAUGGGUGAAGGGGUUGAGGUGUUCUCCUUCAGCAAGGAAGGGAACCAUUUGAGAUGGAGGUGUAGUGACGGCGAUAGAGGGGGUUGACUGGAAUAAUUAGGACCAAAGGCGCAGCCUCUCCUGUUACCUGGCACUCGCUUGUGCUCGUGCGUCACGUCAUGCUCCAAGGACCAAGCACGGUUCGUUGUCUGUAAAGAGGAAAAGAAGAGGGGUGGGGAGAGGGGAGUAAAUACAUUCAAGAUUCUGUAUUUGAUUAUUGUAAUAAGUGGCAGAGAUGCAAGUUGAGGCGGACUUUUUUAAGCCCCCUGUGCUUCUGGGGCCAACUUGAUAGGGGAGGGGUGGAUUCUCAUGGCUGAUGGUUAUCAAAAGGCCGCUUAGUGAUAACGUCUCGUGCUCAGCCGCAAUGUUCUCCUAAGGAUCUCUUCAUCACAAUGUCUUAGGGUAAUGAUAUCAGCUGUACAUCGAUGUGAUUCUUGUAAAAGACAUUGGAGAUAAAAAUGUGACUACACCGGGAAAACCACCAGGAAGGCAUGAACCGAGGCCGCGUGGAGUCACAGCAAAAAAACCACUGCAACCAAAAGAAAGUGCAAUACAUUCAUACCUCAUGUGAUGUAAAUGAACACGGAUCAAAUGUCCCGGAAUCUUUCCUCAAAAACAUGCUCUCUCUUUUUAAUGUCAUUAACUUUGGGUUGCGUGCAUUGAUCAAUCAGGGGAAAUCAUCAAGUGAUGAAAAAUAGAAAAUGUAGUUGUGAUGUCAUUAAGCCAAAAAAAAAAUUUGCUGCCAGUGAAUACAUCAUUCAGUUUGACAGUUAAUUUUUUUUUUUUUUGCAUGUGUUCAAUUAGUUUUCAUCAGGAACUUGCAAACAUUAGUUCCAUUUCUUAUUUAUUUAGUGACGUUCAAGUUUUAUAUCUCCUCUUUACGUUUUGUAUAAGUGCUCUUAAGCGCUUAAGUAAGUCUUACACAAUGUCAUUAUUCAUGUUUUUUCUUUUGUAUCAUUUUCAUUUACAUUGGCAUAAAAUGAUUUUGUUGUAAGAAGUUUUGUGUACAGUACAGCACUAUUUACUAUUUAUAAUAAACUAUAUAAA